AUGGAGGGCAGUAUUCAUGACAUAGUCGAGCGAUUGGGGAGUGAAGAGGAUGCGGUGCGCAAGAUGGCAGUUUUUAAGCUUCAAGGCAGCAUCGGAGACCCUUCGUUUGCUGAUAUCUUCAUUGCUGAAGGGGGCCUGACCAAACUGCGCGAAUUGACAUUACAUGCAACUGGAAAUACGCUGGCUUACAGUUUGACAAGCUUCGCAAGGCUCUUGGAAGUAGAUAAAGGAUGGGACUUAGUUGACCAAGAGUUGGUGGAAAGAAUUGUCCAGCUUAUUGUGACGCAGCCUCUGGUCAACAUUUUGCGCGGCGCGAUGUCUAUUUUAGUAUCCAUUGUAUCCCAUCCGUACACGGGAGGGCGUCCAUCACAGACUGAUUCUUUCGGAUUUCGCGCCCUGAAACCCGCACUUGCAAUCUAUCCACAAUUCCUCGAGAUGCUUGUCAAUAGACUCUCAUCCGCGGAUCACGCGCUAUGUGCGAAUGCGCUUCAACUCAUCAACUCACUUAUGCGUGACUCCAUCGCAAAUGACUCCGAGCUAGAAUGGCCCAGAUUCAUACAAAAACUUCAAGAUCUAGGGGUAAUUAGAGCAGUUUACGCUCUCAUGCAAGGUACAACGUUGCAAGACCACGCUCAUCCUUUGAUAGAGUUUCAAUCUCUCACAAAGGUUCUACUUAGGAGGUGGCGAGAUAUUCCCCUGGAUCUAGAGAAACCAGAGCAUAGAAGAGCAUUGAAAGGAAUACACCUUGCUAGUGACCAGGAGAAGGGCAUUGACGAAAAAGUCGGUAGUGACGCUGAGUUGCGGCGUUCUAGAAAGCACAAUUCAGAAAAGUGGAGGCGGCUUGGAUUCGAAUCAGAAAAUCCAAUAGCUCAGUUUGAAGAGAUGGGAUUUCUGGGAAUGAUGGAUCUUGCGGAUUAUGUCAGAAAUCACCGAAGCGAGUUCCGAAAAAUGCUGUUGGAGCAGUCAGCAAAACCAGGCCAGAAACGGUGUCCAAUUGCCCGCGCUUCCUUGGCAGUUACUUCAAUCCUAUACGAGCACUUUGAGAUCGAGAAAUCCGAGAUAGAGGAUUCAAGGAGCUAUCUGGUCCUAGAGUCUCGCGCCAACCUUGACCGGUUGUUCAAGCCUCUACUACUGCACUGGACACGCUUGCACGUCGCGGCAUUGCAAGCGUUCGUCCGGUUAUGGAAGACCACCAACGCAGACGUCGAUGAUUUCGCAAAAAUUGCUGAGCUGGUUCGAAUUCUCGUUGAGUCGGUUGUUGGUGGGGCACCUCGGACAAAGGAAGUGCAAGACGUCGAAGAUGAGAUAGUCAAUUUUGAAUAUCGUCGGCUUCGAGAUCUACAGAUGGAACUCUUAGAGCUCACAUAUGAAGACGCUUGGAGACAACAUCUGCUACAGGUCCGCGAAGAACUUCAUCACGAGGCUCUCCAAUUUGUCAAGGAACAAAGGAUCCGUUGCCUUCUGCAAGGCUGCUGGUUUCCUGUUGAGGCCACUACUCAUACAGACUCGUCUUCUGUCGAAAAUGUCUCUUACCGAUAUGUACAAUUGUCCCAUAACCGGAAAUUCCUGCAUUACGGGGAUUUUGAGACGCUGGGGAAUGGCAGGAUAGACCUCGAUUCUCUCCCGGGAAAAGUUGAUUUGUCGGCUGUUUCGUCUGUGGCUUCCAACAUCUCAGCAUCAGCUGACGCCUCAUCCUCGUCUACCUUGAAAAUUGCACCCCUUUCUGUACCUUCGACUAAAAUCACCAUCCACGGGUAUAUUGAAUGCUUCUCAUCUACAAGGGGCCCUUCGAAAGGUCAUAAUCAUGCUCGUUCUAUCAGCAAGUCAAAGGAGGGUGUUUUGUUGACUCUUCGCCCUCAAACCCCGAGCAUAGCAUCUGAGUGGCUCGACGGGUUGCUUAUGUUGCUGAAUCAGAGGCCUAUAACAGCGGACACUAACAAAUUAAUCAAGGUCGUCAGCGACUACGGGCUGAAGAUCCGCCUAUUCAAUGUGCGCUUUGAAGACGCGACUUUUCCUGGGGAGGUUCCGAAGGUUCCUUCCCGAGAUGGUCUGGACGAUGACUAUUAUUACGAUCUUUUUGGUGCUUCUUAA